CUUGACAGCAGCUGAGUUGACAGGAGGCUGUCCGUAGCUAGCCGCAUUAGCAAACCGAGCAACAUAACGCCCGCUCAAGCCGUUUGUUUUCGGUCUAUAUGAGACGGUUGCGGUCCUGUGACAGUGCUCCACCCCUCAGGUAAGAGCUGAGGGUCGGGCCGAUGUCAUCCAGUCAGGGUGACAGAGGGGGUCUUUCUCAGGCUGCCCCAAACAACAACACCACCGCCACCACCCAGGACGAAUUUGACAGCCCUUCUCAGACUGCUGCAACAUGCAAUACACCUGAGGCCAGCAAGGCCGAGCUGUCUCUUGCAGAGGCACAGGUUUCUCCUGUUUUGGAUGAGGUUUCUCCUUCCUCUACAUCCUCUUUUGAGAUGCUGGACAUGGAGUCAGUGCCACCUCCGUACCAAGAGGUGCAGCCUCACUGGUUCUUCUGUCGUCAGGCAGAUGACAGCGACUCCUGGCAUCCUUUCAGCAGAGAGGACUCUGACAAGCUAGAAAAUGCUUUCCAUACUGUAAAAGAACAGCAAAAGGACAUUGUGGUUGCUGUGGAAGGGGAGCGCUACGAUGUAUAUGUCAAGAAAAGGAUGCGCUUUGCUGUCUAUUGGGACCAAACUCCCACUGAGGUCCGCCGCUGCACCUGGUUCUACAAAGGAGAUAAAGACACAAGAUUCUUUCCUUACUCUGAGGAUUUCAGCAGUCGUUUGGAGGAAGCCUAUAUGAUAGCAGUGACCUUAGAUGAAUGGAAAAGGAAGCUGCAUUUUCCCACUGGAGAAACUGUUAUCUUGCACAACCCUAAGCUGAUAAUGCAUUAUCAGCCAAUAGGAUUGCAGGAUGAAUGGGGUCCCUCUCCGUCGGAGCAGUUACGGCCUUGUACAGUCAAGAGAGGAGUGGAGAACAUCUCUGUAGAAAUACCUGAUGGUGAACCGGAGAAGGUGGAUCACCUGGUCUUUAUGGUGCAUGGGAUUGGUCCAGCAUGUGAUUUACGCUUUAGAUCCAUCAUACAGUGCGUGAAUGACUUCAGGGGUGUUUCGCUGUCCCUCCUGGCCUCCCACUACAGGCGUUCUCAGCAGGAAGGCCAAGUGGGUCGAGUUGAGUUCCUUCCUGUCAACUGGCACAGCGCUCUGCAUGGGGAUGCCACCGGUGUGGAUGAGGACAUUCAAAGGAUCACUCUGCCCAGCAUCAGCCGCCUCCGGCAUUUCACCAACGACACUCUGUUGGACUUAUUUUUCUACAACAGCCCUACCUACUGCCAGACCAUAGUGGACACAGUGGCCUCAGAAAUCAACCGGCUACAUGCCCUCUUUAAGCAGAGACACCCAGAAUUUGAUGGAAAAACUUCUGUUGUAGGACACAGCUUGGGUUCUCUGAUCUUGUUUGACCUGCUAACCAAUCAGAGAAAUAGAUCCAGAGCAAAAGACGGAGUACCUUCAGGAGAACACUGUGCUCUGAACAGUGACACUUUGGAGCAGAUGCUGACUAAAUUGAACCUCCAGCAGUACCUGCAAAUUCUACUGGCAGAAAAUGUGGACAUGGAAUCACUGGCUCUCUGCCAAGACAGUGACCUUCGAAAUUUAGGAAUUCCUCUUGGACCCCGAAAGAAGAUUUUGCACUACAUCAGGAAGAAGAGGCUUCCAGAGGACUAUGGGAUGGCACCAGGGUAUCAGACCUUGGGGUCUGGUCCACCUCAGGUUACCAGGGAGGGCAACCAGUCUUCAGAAUCGCCGGAUCAGAAAUCCCUGCUCCACAAAAGACUUUCUACCACCGGUGCUGUGGACUACGAAUACUUUGAUGUCGGCAUUGGACAGUCCAAUGGAGGCAUAGCCAAGGGACAGGUGUCCAUCGAUUACCCUCAGCUGGCAUUUUACCCUGAGACAUUUUUUGCUUUUGGGUCUCCGAUUGGAAUGUUUCUGACUGUACGAGGCCUGAAACGCAUUGAUCCAAACUAUUCAUUCCCAACCUGCAAGAGCUUCUAUAACAUCUACCAUCCAUAUGACCCUGUUGCCUAUCGGAUCGAGCCCAUGAUUGUUUCGGAGGUGGAUCUGGAGCCGAUGCUUAUACCGCACCACAAAGGCCGAAAGAGAAUGCACCUUGAGCUUAAAGAGAGCUUAACCAGAAUGAGUAUGGAUUUGAAGAACAACGUUUUGGGAUCAUUACGGACAGCUUGGCAGUCCUUUACCAGACCAGUAGCUGCACUGCCCCCAGUGGAAGAAGGGGAAGCGACAAAUGACACAAGCCCUCAGGAGGAUCAAGUUUCAGUAGAUACUGCUGCUGCUAAGAGGGAGGACAAAUGUACAGAUUUUUGGACUAGAAUAAAGGAGUGGCCAAAGGCCCUUCAGAAGCAUUACCUAAAAGGUAAGCCAGGAUAGAAAGUAAAACAAUUGAGUUUUACCACUUUGAUCAUAUGAUGAUUCAGUUCACACUAAGAGUAAUCUCAAUGAACCCCUGAAGAUUUGUCGACUGCCUGAGUUUGUGUAAUUUGUCUUCUAGUAUUAUUCUAUACUAACAAAGCAAAUUAAACAGUAUUGCCUUGUCUUUACCUGUUAGAUAUCUUGUGGUAAAGCUUUACACAGAAAAAAAAAUCUGUUCAUCUUUGAUGGUUUAUCUUUGUACAUGCUCAAAGAAAGGGCCUUACGUAAUGGUUGUCAUUAUCACCACAGGCUUUCUCUGCUUGUCUUCUCCUCUCCUUGUGCGUCAAGAGUUUACCACCUGCUGAACAAGUUGUCAUUUUAACUGAAAGUUUAAUUUACUAAAGCCUCUCUCAGGUCUAUGCAUGCCUUUCCACCUGUAAGUUCUCAUUGGCUGAUUCACUCACAGCUUUGCUGAUUAUCUAUAUCAUAUAUCUGGCCUAAAGCACAUUUUUAUAUGACUUCAUUUGUUUUUCUAAGUAAUUAAUUAGCUGUAGGAAAGACUUCACUUUAAUCUAUGUUUUUGUUGAAUCAAUUUUUCUACAUGUUUGUACAUGUAAUGAGAAAAGUCUGUCAGGUCAUUAGAUGGCUUUAAGGUAUAGCGGUUCAGAGAAAAGAGUUCAUUUCACAGUCAUGUUUUCUUCCCUCUCUGCCAAUCCCUUGAAGCAAAUUUAUUGCUUUUCAUUUGCAGGUUAUAUGAUAGACUUGAUAGUUGAAAGUAGGAUUUUUACCGCAUGAUUGCAAGUCACUGCUUGUAUAGUGGAUUAUCAGAUCUAGCUGGGAAAACUAUUUUGAUGCCAGCAGUGGGCACACUCUGAGAAACGACAAAGCAUGUUAGCAUUCCAGCUAAAUUAUGUACUUGCUACAUGAUUUUUCUGUUAUUAAAGCGCCUUCAAAUUUAAGGUUCCCACUCAUUCCCUCAAAAUAAUCAGAAUACUUAUACCCAUUUCAGGCUUUUUGUACUGUCUCUGAUCAUUUUUUCUCUUCUGUUUUUAUAUUAUGUUUGUGAGUUUCAGUGAAAAAUGAUUGUUGUAGCUUUAAUUACGUUUUGUUUAGUGCCAGUGCAAUUUGUUAUGUUUUGUUCUGGAGGUAAUAAUACUUAUGAGUAAUAAUAUAUAUUCUCUUUGGGUGCUAAGCCAUAGUGAACAUCUGACUGCAGCUCUUUCCUGGACCAAUGGUUCAACGAUGUUUUGUCCAGUUUUAAGAUAUUUUAGAUCAAGGGCGUCCAGCUCCAGCCAUCAAGAGCUGUUGUCCUACACAUUUUCUAUGUUUCCCAAGUUUGACAAAACUGAAUCAAAUAAAUGGCUGAUGAAGAACCUGCAGAUAAUUCAGGAAUUAAUGACCCAGCAUGAUUCACAGCUACCUGUCAUUUGCCUCAUCACAUGCAUACGAAUUACUGCUGAAUCAGUAAAUCAACUGGAUAAGUCUACAGUGUUUCUCACACUAGGGUGUGCGAUAAUGACAAGGGAGACUGAAUCAUCAGAGAUUUGUGUACAAAAGUAAGAUUCUGUAAACUAUUAGUAAUGAAAGAUAAAGUAAUAGAUCAUGAGAAUUGUGUUGACAUACAAUCAUUAUUCAUGUGGGCAUAAUUCUUUGUUUCUGGGUGUUGCUCUGCUGAAGUGUGUUGGUGAUGCAGAGAUUUCUCGGCUAUUCAUCUUUAGUCACUUUAGAGCAGGCAUCCAACACACCUGAAUUACAUGGUGGACUUGUCUCCUCCCUGCAGUCAUUUUCCUCCAAACCUGGUAGUAGCAUAAUUAUUUGAUUCAGGUAUGCUGAAGAAGAGAUGCAUCUAAAAUUAGCAAGACACCGUCUCUCAAAGACUGCAGUUUUAAACACCGGUUCCCAGGAAUAGCAGUAAAUACUUUCUAAUUCUAAAUGUAAACAUAAUUUCUAUAUAUUUUUUUGUCUGGGCCUUCAACCUGCCAGGAUAGUACUAAGAUCUCAUCUCUUGGUUCUAUUCUAAUUUUUAAAGUGGAGGUCUAUUUCUCCCCUCUUGUAGCGUAUGAACUUCAGUCAGCUCUGUUUCAGCAUCUAUAAAUCCUGGUCUUAUAAAAAUAAUUGAGUAUUUUUCACCUUGCUGAUUAUUUAAGCACAGUUUAUCAAUGAGUUUAACAUUAAUGACUGAACUAGCCGUCCUUCUCCUCUUUGAUUCUCUUUGUGGGUCAGAACAACCGGACGCUGCUGCUCAUAGUUUUGAUGUCUUCAUGUAAAAUCUUUUGUA